GCAACAGGCAAAAAAAACACGAUUCUGUGCUGUGAUUUUUAUUUGAUUUUUUAAAGAUAAUACGUAUAUAGUAAAUUGAGUUACAUUCAAAAGCUGUCUUAUUCGGUGUACUUAAUAUUCGGCUUCUGGUAUGUAGUCGCCGCUGCCUGUGACAACAAAUAAAAUCGAGCUUCCAAUUGGAAGCGAGCAGCUUCUUCCUGUCUCAGUUGUUGGAAUCAUGACAACUCUAACGAGGCAAGAUCUCAAUUUUGGACAAGUGGUUGCUGACAUUUUGUGUGAAUUCCUGGAAGUUGCCAUUCACCUCAUCCUGUAUGUCCGUGAAGUGUAUCCGUCUGGAAUAUUUCAGAAGCGAAAGAAGUACAAUGUCCCUGUGCAGAUGUCAUGUCACCCUGAGCUGAACCAGUACAUCCAAGAUACACUUCACUGUAUAAAGCCGCUUAUUGAGAAGAAUGAUGCUGAGAAGGUGGUUGUCGUCAUUAUGGACAAGGAACAUCAUCCAGUCGAGAGAUUUGUUUUUGAGAUAUCUCAACCGCCGCUGCUCUCUAUUAGCUCUGACACAUUACUGUCUCAUGUGGAGCAGUUGCUCAGGGCAUUCAUUUUGAAGAUCAGCGUGUGUGACGCUGUCUUGAACAAUAAUCCACCAGAGUGUUCAUUCACCGUAUUAGUUCACACGAGGAACUCUGCUAUGCGCAACAUGGAGAAAGUUCAAGUCAUAAAGGAUUUCCCAUGGAUAGUUGCUGAUGAGCAGGAGGUCCACAUGCAGGAGCCCAGACUCAUCCCACUGAAGACCUUGACAUCCGACAUAGUGAAGAUGCAGCUAUACGUUGAGGAGCGAGCCCAGAAGUUGUAGCAGGAAUGAAUGACACACAGAAAAAAGUUGAUGGUAGAGCUGUCAAGACUGAAAUGUUCCACAGGUGUAUCAAAAUUUUUCACCAACGUUAUUUAGCCAAGCGAGUGCAUGAAAAAAAAACCCAGCAAUAAUUCACAACCAAACAAAAAUGUCACACAAUUUAUGAAAACUGAAAUGUUCCUUUUUCAAUUGACUCACAAAUGUACAGUGUAUAGUAUAGUACAAAGCUGAUAUAUUUGUUCAAAGCCAUAACUUAUUACGGGACUCUGUUGUAUGAAUGGCAACUUUAUUGGAAGAGCAGUUAAUGGUUCUGUCUGUCACUAUACAUCAUUGCAUCAUUGGCAUCAAUAAAUGAACAAUUUGUGAUUAAUGGAUAAUAAUUUUACACAAAUUAAGGGAAACUGGCAAGUAUUGAAUUGAAUUGAAUUGAAUACAACUUCAUUGUCAAAUGUGCUGUACGUAUCCUAUGGCACCCUGGUACGGAAUCACUGUAAUAUCAUGAAGUGACCAAUGAGUUUGAAAAUUGACUACAUUAGUUUCCCAACGCCAAUGUUUCAAAUGUUAUUGUCACAUGCUUGUUUUUCAUAUCGCUGUAACUUGAGAUUCUUCUAUUCUAUAAGUGAUUAAAGCCACAGUUGUACACAUGAACCGCUGGAGUGUAGACAGUUGGAAAAUAGCGAGCAAAAGUUGUCUUUGCCCAUAAAUCAUUGAUGUCCGAUUUA